AGCACUGCAACAGAAGCAAACAAUGGUCUGUUCGUUUCAUCUUUCAACUUUGCAUCGCUUGCAAAUCACUCCAAAGUAAAAACACUGUUUCUCCUCCAACUUUGAAAAAUCUCUUCCUCCUAAUCGAGCUCUAAUUUCACUUUCCAUCACUUUCCCUCUCAAAUGAAGCAAUUCCCAUUCCCCCCUUUUAAAAUCCUUCCUCCAUUUCCCCAUUUCUUCAUCACACAAUGGAAUCCAAGCCCUUCUUUUGGCUUCUGCUUUUGUUUCUGCUUCUGUCCGCCAUCGCCGUCAUUGCUGACGACUCUGAAGUCUCCGUCAAGCCAUUGGUGAAGAUUGUGAAAGGGAAGAAGCUUUGUGACAAAGGGUGGGAGUGUAAAGGCUGGUCGGAGUAUUGCUGUAAUCAUACCAUUUCUGAUUACUUUCAGACCUAUCAAUUUGAGAAUCUCUUCUCCAAGAGGAACUCUCCGGUUGCUCACGCUGCAGGGUUUUGGGAUUAUCGAUCUUUUAUUACGGCGGCGGCUUUGUUUCAGCCUCAUGGAUUUGGUACCACCGGUGGGAAGCUUAUGGGGAUGAAGGAAAUUGCUGCUUUUCUUGGUCAUGUUGGCAGCAAAACUACUUGUGGCUAUGGAGUGGCGACUGGAGGUCCGUUGGCGUGGGGUUUGUGCUAUAACAAGGAGCUCAGUCCUGAUAAAUUGUACUGUGAUGAAUAUUACAAGCUCACUUAUCCCUGUACUCCUGGAGUUUCUUACCAUGGCCGUGGUGCCUUGCCUAUCUACUGGAACUACAACUAUGGAAAAACAGGAGAAGCCUUGAAUGUUAAUCUAUUGGACCAUCCAGAGUACAUUGAAGACAAUGCCACUCUAGCAUUUCAGGCCGCAAUUUGGAAGUGGAUGACCCCAGUGAAGAAGAACCAGCCCUCAGCCCAUGAUGUGUUUGUAGGCAAAUGGAAACCGACAAAGAAUGACACACUGGCCAAGCGACUCCCUGGCUUUGGCACUACCAUUAACAUCCUCUAUGGCGAUGCUGCGUGUGGUCAGGGUGAAGUUGACUCUAUGAACAACCCCAUCUCCCAUUACUUGCAUUACCUUGAUCUGAUGGGUGUUGGCCGAGAAGAAGCUGGAUCCCAUGAAGUCCUUAGCUGUGCUGAGCAGGAACCUUUUGAGUCGUCAUCUUCCUCGUCCUCGUCAUCUUCUUGAGUGUGUUAUUAUAGUUUAUUCCACCAACUUUAAGCUAGAGGGCCAACAAUAUCAUUCCUGGUCGUGUAACAUUCUUCAAUCUCAAAUGUUGUUCUUCGUGAAUGAGGCUCAACUAGUAGAGAGGUCCCGUCCACAUAUGGAAUAAUGGGUCACCAUGAGGGAAAUUUUACGAGUGGCACACCAACACAUUAUAGUGGCAAACAACGGAGCAAAGAAAAAUGAAGGAGAGUGGGGCGUAAGUGAAAUUUGGUCAAAGGUUAAAAAUUAAAUGAAAAUGAACUUCUGCUUGUGUUACCUAUGUGUAAAUAUUAAAUGAAGAAAAUACAUAUGUAGUUGUGUA